AGAGCGGGCUGCAGCCAGAUGCUGAGGACCGUAGUGGCGGAGAUGGCCAUAAAAUUGUGUUGCUUUUCCAAGGACCCCCUUGAAGAUGCCGCAUGUUGGAGCGAUUCGAUCGAAAGGCUGCUGGGCUGCAAAGCCGGUCAGCUGGCGUUCCAGGAGUUCCUGAGGUCCGAGUACAGCGAGGAGAACAUCCUGUUCUGGCUGGCCUGCGAGGACUACAAGAAGAUCAAGAACACGCCCGAGAUGAUCAGCGCAGCCAACCGCAUCUACUCCGAGUACGUGCAGGUGGAGGCCCCCAGGCAGAUUAACAUCGACUGCGGAACCCGAGCCAACAUCACAAAGAACAUCCACGAGCCCAACUUGAACUCCUUCGACACGGCGCAGAAGCUGAUCUUCAGCCUCAUGGCGAGGGACUGCUACCCCCGGUUUUUAAAAUCUGAAAUCUACCAGUCUGUUCUACGGAAAGCAGGCAAGAGCUGACUUCUCUCGGUGAGAAGCCAACUCUUUCAGAGUGCGUUUUGUUCCCAGGUAAAUGCGUCUCCGCAUCAGGCCAAGAUUGCUUUAUCAAAAAUAGUCUGUUUCAGCAGAGGGAUGAAAUGGAGCCCUGCUGGUGACCUGAUUUCUUCAUAAAAUAAUCACAACUAGAUAUAUCUUUUGGAAAAUCCAGCUCAAGACCAGCUUUAACCCCCAAAUCUGAUCUUGAGCUGAAUUUUUUACAGGGCUAUUGAAGGUUAAGCUGGUUUCAAAUCACUGGUCCCCCAAGUGAAAACAUCCUAAUGCUGGUAAUGCCUAGUUCACACAAUCUUAGCCCAAUUUUCAACUUGUAGACAGUAGUUUUCCAACAAAACUCUUUGUGUGAACUGCUAAAAGACAUUUGCUGAGCUUUUUCCAAUGAAUCACAGUCUCACCCAACAAAUAUCUAGCAGGUUUAAUAUCUGGACCAGUCAGAGACUGUGAGUCAAAAGCAGAAACUAUCAAUAACCAUUGGAAUGGCACAGGGUCAACAUGUCCAACCAACAAAUCUUCUUCAUGGCAUUGCCUGGUCUUGCACGUGUUUAGUUCCAGUGACAAAAUAUGUUUUUGGAGAGCAACAGGAUGUCACCAAUCAAUCAAUUUAGUCUUUUAGAAAAACUAAACUGGUAUGAACCUGUAUGAUCAAGCUGGUUAAAUUGGUUUGAGUAGUUUGACCAGGCUGGUCAACAAUCCCUGUUAUGAUGCUUUAUUAUCUUUAGAUAUUUAGACAUUCAGUGUAUCAUGACUGAUAUACAGUACCUAGUAGUACCUGCUAGUAUACCAGCUAAACCAUCAAACUCAAACCAUGUUGAGCAAAGAUGGUAAACAAGCUAAACCAGCUUAGGCAGGCUAUUAUUUUUUAGCAGGGAAUGAGGCCAAUUGAUUAAGAAGAGGUCACCAGUGGAGCUCCAUACUCUUCAUUACAGCUUACCAUGGCUUAUAAAUCUGAAGUGAAGAGUUAACUGGAAGUUUCAUCCUGAGAAAUGAUGUAUAGUCCCCCAAAGAAAAAAAUCACACUACAAUAGUCACCCUAAUUUAAUCCAGACAUGAGUGAUACAGUAUAAACUUUACAGUCUCAAGAGUAUACAGUGACCCAGUGAGAUAUAUGCAGUAUAAACAUAUCACAUUUCACAUGCAUACACUUUAAGAAUUGCAACACUCGUAAUAUAUCAUAUAAAAGGACAAGAAAGACAGUAAACUGGUACUUCUGCUCUUAAUGGCCUUCAAAAAUGUCUAAAACCCUCCAAAUUCAUUUCUUAAAAUCCUGCUGUUGCCUGGUAACUAGCGCACUUCAUAAAGAAACUGUUACUGCAAGUGUAUUGCAUAUUCAGACUGGUGAGUAUCACUUCAUCUUAUAUUGUACAGAAACUCGCAGACUGUAUUAGUUAGAACUACAGUACAGCUUUGUAGGAGAGUCUGAGGUGUGGUUAUUUGUUAAGUAUGAAGAUGUACUUUUUUUUAUUGCUGUGCUUUUGUUUGCAUUAAAAUCUAGUUUUGUAUAAAAUAUUAUAUACAGCUAUAUACACAUUUAUAUACUAAACACACCCAUACAAAAACACAAGUGGUGUCAAGAAAAAAAACGUCUAACAUCUAAUUUUCUAUAAAUAUGAAAAUCCUACGUCUCUCACAUUUAUCAUAAUUCUUUACAACAACUUUUAUUGUUGAUUACAGCCAAUGAAAACACAAAAAUCAGUGUCUCAGAAAAUUUGAAUAUUAUAUUUUAGGACCAAUUGGUACGUUUGGCAGUGUGGGCAGUGUGCCAAAUCCUGCUGGAAAAUGAAAUCCACAUCUCCACUGAUCCUCCACUCCUCUGAUUUUUGCGUUUUAAUUGGCUGUAAGCUAUAAUCAUCAACC